AUGGACACUUCAGGUGACCAACCAAGCACCAUGACCACAACAUACAAUACAGUUGAAUGGUAUCGACCAACCCUAGAACAGCUCCCUGCACCAACUGUGGAACUAUUCCUACAAUACACAGGCCUGAAAUUCGAAGACGAAGUCAAAGACCACAUAUACAAAAUCCGCGACAAAGCAUGGCAGAUCCAUCCAUACCCCUGCAUCGGACUAUUCCGCUUCUUAAACUUCAGCAUAACCCUCUCCCCUAUCUACGCGCAGGUAGUAAACCGCGUACGCGAGGGACAGACCCUGCUAGAUCUAGGCUGCUGUUUUGGGCAAGAUCUACGCAAGAUAGCAUUUGACGCGGGGCUAUCUUCGGCGACGAACCUGAUCGGGGCUGAUAUCGAGGGUGAUUUUAUUCAAUUGGGGUACGAACUGUUCCGAGAUGAAGAUUCCUUUGGGGCAAAAUUUGUCACUGGGAGCAUCUUCGACGAGGACUUCUUGGCUGAUCGGCGUGGGUCUGUUGAUAUAAUUUACUUGGGAAACUUUUUGCAUUUGUUUGGCUUUGAGGAGCAGCGGGUUAUUGUUUCUCGGCUUAGGGAACUUCUUGCUCCUAGGGCUGGUUCUGUGAUUUUUGGACGCAAUAUUAGUGCGGAGCAGGGAGGGCCGUUUUUCAUGGAGAGUCUUGGAUGGAAUAUGUAUCGGCAUAGUGAUCAGACGAUCCAAGAUCUUUGGAGCACGGCGGAUAUUGGGUUAUGGGAGGUGCAUAGUCGAUUGUCGGGGUAUGAAACUGCGGCGACUUUGGGUGAGAGACCUGGGGAUUGGCAGGGUGAUGGUACUAAACAGAUGUCAUUCUGGAUUGUUAGGACUGAUGGUUGA